AGACCCUUCAGGCGCCGCCCUUCCCAAUAUGGCGUCCAGUGUUGACCUUCCCAUCAUGGCGCGCGGCCCCGCCCGCUCCGCCGCGGCUGCCGGCGGGAGCAGUUCCGGGUGCGGUGCGCGCCGGGGGCGGGCGAGGGGGCGGUGUCCUGGCCAUGGCCGGCCUGUCGGACCUGGAGUUGCGGCGGGAGCUGCAGGCCCUGGGCUUCCAGCCAGGCCCCAUCACCGACACCACUCGCAACGUCUACCGCAACAAGCUGCGCCGCCUGCGGGGCGAGGCCCGGCUGCGUGACGACGAGCGGCCGCGGGAGGAGGCCCGGCCGCGGGGCCCGGAGCGUCAGCGGGAGGAGGCCCGGCUACGCGAGGAAGCGCCGCUGCGCGCGCGGCCCGCCGCGGCCGUCCCGCGGUCGGAGCCCUGGCUGUCCCCGCCAGCCCCGAGCGCGGCUUCCGACACCCCGGGGCCUUACGGCAACUUCGGGGCCUCCGCCGCUCCCUGGGCCGUGAGCCGGGGCCUCUCCUACCCGACCCACACCGGGCCCGGGCCGCUGCGGCGCCGCGCCUCGGUCCGGGGCAGCUCCGAGGACGACGAGGAUGCGCGGACGCCCGACAGGGCCGCCCCGGGCCGGGCCCGCCACUGGUGGGUCGCGUCGUCCGCCUCGGCGCGGCCGCACUCCGCGCUCCUCGGCGCCGACACGCGUCCCGGCCUUAAGGGUCAGCGCACGGGCUCCGCGGGCGUGGUGCGGGCCCGACCCGAGGCGGGCCGGCGGCUGGAGCGCUGCCUGUCUCGGCUCCUGCUCUGGGCCAGCCUGGGGCUGCUGCUCGUCUUCCUGGCCAUCCUCUGGGUGAAGAUGGGCAAGCCCUCGGCGCCACAGGAGGCGGAGGACAACAUGAAAUUGUUGCCGGUGGACUGUGAGAGAAAAACAGAUGAGUUCUGCCAGGCCAGGCAGAAGGCGGCCCUGCUGGAGCUGUUGCAUGAGCUGUACAACUUCCUGGCCAUCCAAGCAGGUAAUUUUGAGUGUGGCAAUCCGGAGAAGCUAAAGAGCAAAUGCAUCCCUGUCCUGGAGGCCCAGGAGUACAUAGCUCCCCGGGCAGAGCUCACCCCGUCUUCCACCCUGCAGAACGUGACCAGCAGUUCCUCUUCGAGGUUUAAGGCUGCACUGACCUGGAUACUGAGCAGCAACAAGGAUGUGGGCAUCUGGCUGAAAGGGGAAGACCCAUCUGAGCUAGUGACCACCGUGGACAAAGUGGUCUGCCUGGAGUCCGCCCGGCCCCGGAUGGGCAUGGGCUGCCGCCUCAGCCGCGCCCUGCUCACCGCGGUUACCCAUGUGCUCAUCUUUUUCUGGUGCCUGGCCUUCCUGUGGGGGCUGCUGAUCCUCCUGAAGUACCGAUGGCGGAAGCUUGAAGAGGAAGAGCAGGCCAUGUAUGAGAUGGUGAAGAAGAUCAUAGAUGUGGUUCAGGACCACUAUGUGGACUGGGAACAGGACAUGGAGCGCUACCCCUACGUGGGCAUCCUUCACGUGCGCGACAGUCUAAUCCCCCCACAGAGCAGGCGGCGCAUGAAGCGAGUAUGGGACCGCGCCGUGGAAUUCCUGGCUUCCAAUGAAUCUCGGAUCCAGACCGAGUCCCACCGAGUGGCCGGGGAGGACAUGCUGGUGUGGAGAUGGACUAAGCCUUCCUCCUUCUCUGACUCGGAGCGAUAGGACAGGGCCUAAUCAGCCAGCCUGGCUUGGCUGUGCCACCCAGCUGGGGCAAGGACACAGACCCUCGGUGCUCAUUCACACCUGCCUUGAUUGCCCUCCUGGUCUCCAUUCUGGGACACAUGGGCUUACUUAGGGGAGCCAGGAGAACGGGGAAGCCCCUCCUCUAUGCCAGUAUUACUGACAGAAGGGAGAAUGGCUUGUUCUCCCUGGAUAAAUCCUGGAGGUUCUGCACUCAGCUAGACAGCAGACAGUGAUCCUGAAGUCCCUCGCUUGGGAGGUGGGUCGGGUGGUGGGCUGGGGUAGCAGGGGCCUGGGGAAAGCUUGGCCCAUGUGCCUUUGUGCUGUUCCCAGCGAGCUUAAGGGUGAGGGGAGGAAUCCCGCCCCACUCCUGCAUGGGCCUCUUUGUCCAGAGGAGGAGAUGUUAGAACUUACAGAACAGAGGCGGCUGGGAUCCGGAAGGGGCGGAAGCUCCAGCCACAGCUGCCUGUGCCUCAGUGCAUCUCACAGGUCAGCAGUGCAGCCUGAGCCGGGGUGGAGCACAGCCUCAUCACGACUGUGACCGGGCCUCUCCUGACCGGCUGGCCAGAACAGAUAGGGUGCAGCAUCAUGGCUGCACACUGCCCUCUGCAGGCCUCAUGGAGCAACGUGGGCCAUUAGCACUCUGCUAGGGAAGACCUGCUCCAAAAACACCCAGUGGGAGGCCUCAUUGGCUGAGGGAGGCUUUCCAGCAACUGGUCCAGCGGGCCUCACCCACAGCAGCUGGAGUAGCCCCUGGAGGUGACGCAGCUGCCCCUUUUGGACCUAUUGCUGUUCUGUUUCUUAAUAAAGUACCAUCUCCGUCUAGCCAUACGUUCACUGCCUUGUGUCUGGGUGGCCGCAGGCCUAGGGACUAAGCAAGCAGGUGCCCGCGGCAAGGCCUGUUCGCACAAUCCGGCUCCAGCCAGAAGGCUUUUGUAUUGAGGGUGGAGUGUCAGAAAAAUAAAAUAUUUAUUGAGAACGGA